AUCGCGUCUCAGCCUUGAUUUCUAAGAAGCCGGUCUCUCAUCUCUUGAACUUGCUGGCCAAGUUCAUUUUUCGAGCAUAAACCAACAGCACACGCAUAUCAUAACCCGCCUCCCCUUCUGCACGACUUCGUUAUCAUGGCUUUUCUUUCACCUCUUCUCAGAGCUGCAGUAAUUGGAUUGUUUAUCUUGAGUUCGGCUCUGGCGCUUCCAACGUCGACGAAUUUGGAGAAGAGGAAUCUCCCAGUUUCAUUCCGUAGCACCAGGCCUUUGACGUUCUAUCGCGCUGUCACUCAUCCGCAGGAAAUGAAUCAAAUGACUCAUCCCCAAAUUGUCGGUUCCCAUCCCCCGCCUUUCCCUCAAAUAGCGGGGGACUUUUCUGCGCAUGGUGGUUACUAUAUGUUCGCUUCUCGCGAGGAAGCUUUGUACUGGGGCAACUCGUUUGCUGCACUCAGUUCAGGACGGAAGUUCAUGAUUGUUGAGCUAACAUAUCAUGCACAAGCGUUAGUCCAUCCUAACACAAUCUGCUCGUAUCCGUCUGGAGACAUUAAUUGGCAGCGGUUUGUACAUAGUAAUCAAGCCCAUCCUCCACCCAAUCCUCCGUCGUGUCCUUUAGUCGAAGGACCUCUUUCUCAAAUAAUUCGCGACCAAUAUGUACCAGCAACAAGCGCGAUAACGGGACAACCAAUGUGGCAAUAUGCUAUCGUUCGUUCUGAUUGGCUUAGUGUUGUCAGAAUCUCGAGGGUUCAACAGUUCAAUGUGGUACCCAAUUGGCAUCACAAUCCGCAUGUAAUUCCCAGCUCAUUUGCGCGCGAGGGAAAUUGGGCGCGAGUGUGUCCUGGUUGUCACAUCCAGUAGAGUAAAUUGGGCUUCAUUGAUAAAGACGAGGAGGGUGUUUUACUGUUUAUUAUCUGAUGUUGUAGAGGGUGUUCAUUUCCCCCGCGGUUGCUGUCAA